AUUGUUGCAUGAUCAUGCUGGUGUUUUGAAAGAUCUUGCGAUUCUCAACCACGACAGUCUUAAAAGUGCCGUAGUACAUCUAAAUGAAACAUUACCAAAUCUGCGCACACAGUUCAAGGGGGCAUGGAAAAGGAGCAGUGUCUAGGCAACCACCACGCAUGUUCAAAGGAACCACAACGGGAUGUCAGCAGAGCCUUUUUCCCUUUUCGAUUCAAGGAUGGGUUUAAAAGGCUCUGCUCGCAGGGCAGAGUCAAGAAACGCUAAAUUCAAACUUAGAAAGUUUGCAGAGGGUAAAGGGCAUUACAUCAUGUUUGCUAUAAAGGAACCAUCAGAAGAAUAUUCUCCAUAUCUAUGGAAAGCUACAACAAGAAUAUAUUGUUUUAAAAUCAAUUCUGCUAGUACAAAUGUUGACAGUGAGAGAAUUAUGGACCUUCGACAGUUUUGUAAGUUGUAUAGAGAUAUCACAAAGCAACUGCGGCACAUGCAUAGUGUAGUGGAUGAAGACUGGCAGAAAAUUGAUCCUGUUGGGGAUGAGGCAUAUGAAACAUGUCCAGUAAAAUUAGAAGAAAUUCAUGAAUCUCUUUGUGCAUCAGUGAUUUUUACUAGGGUUGAUGAAGUAGCCUCAGAGGAUUCUAACAGUGAGGAGUGCUGUAUAUGUAUGGAUCAAAAAGCAGAAGUUAUUCUGGCCUGUGUCCAUAGCUUUUGCAAGACUUGUAUUGAAAGAUGGAGUGAUGUAAAUAAGACCUGUCCAAUCUGUCGCAACGAGAUUCAUGGAAAAAAAGAUUACUGGGAAAUGCCUGAGAGACCUAGUGACAAAGAGAUUGGACAGUUUGUUAUGGGACUGGCAGAGGGGGCAGGUGCCCCCACUUGAAUAAGAUAGUUGUGUUCUAGUCAGGUUGACAAAAAACAAGCAAACAAAAAAACUAAUCAAAUAACAAAAAAGAAAAAAGAGAGUUUCUUAGGUCAGGAUACAAUACCCCUUCAAGUGGUUCCAACAAACUGUAGGGACAGGUGUUAUAAUUAGCAACAAUUUAUUUCUUGUGAAUUGCAAAAAAUUGUGAAAGGUCAUUGUGCCUGCUUCAGAAUCUUGUUUCUGAGGUAUAUCAUUUACACAUUUAGACUGCAUGGUUUUAAUUUUGACAUUUGAUUGCUGACUGAGAUGACAUGCUUCGAAAGUAUUUAAUUAAUCAAGUGAAUGUAUCAGGAGUGGACCUCUCUUACAGGUGAUAUUAUGAGUCACCAGUUUAUUUUUCCAGUCUUUAUUUUUUUCUGUCUUUCAUAAAUUAAUAAUUUGAAAUGAAGUACAAAGCCUUUGCCUUAUUCAUACUAAGAUAUUGGCAAGGCUAUUAUUAUCAUUAUUAUUGUUAUUAUCAUUAUUAUUAUUAUUAUUAUUAUUACUACAUUAUGUUGUACAGAGAGGUACAGUGGCUUUGCCUUAUUCAUACUAAAAUAUUGUUCAGGUUAUUAUUAUUAUCUUAAUUAUUAAAAUCAAAACUCUAACAAAAUUCUGGAAUGUGAUUGGUCAUCCACCUGAUAUGAGCAAUGAUGGGACAGUGCAUGUGUUAGGCAUGUAAUUUGGCAGUGUAAUAGGACAGUUAAAGGGACAUUAACACACCGUUCCUGUGUAAGUGGACAGAAUGCAUCAUGUGUGUGCUCUGUUGUCACACAUUUUGCCAGUCCAACCACUGUUGUUGUUUUUUUUUUCUUUAUGAAAAUGGAUCACCAAAAGUCUCAUUUCUUUCUCAAAUUUUGUCAUAGUUUUGAUAAAUUGGGACUCCAUGUCAUCCAAUUCUGUAUGUAUUCAUACUAUGAUAAACAAAUUGGACUUCUGCUUUGCAGUUGUCCAAUUUUGUUAAUCACUCCUAUGAUUACAGACUGAGUUGGACUCCACUUGGUCCUAUUACCUUUAUUUAUUAUUAUUGGUAUAGUAUAUAUAUAAUUUGUAAGAAAAUCAUUUUGCUAAGCAGUGGCAGAUC